CCUGUUUUGACAUACUUAUUUAUCUUUCGACGUAAAUCUGUGAUACUCUUGUCAGUUUUGAGAAUUAAAAAAGAAUUGUUGACGAAGCUGAAUUCAUUGAAAUGAUGACUGAGUCAUAAAAUUAUUCCAAAUUAUUAGAAAAUUGUAUGAGAAAUUAUAUUAUUUAUUUCAUCGGUUAAAAUGAAUUCACAAAUUGACUGGGAUGCAGAACAUCGUCGUACAUUACUCGAAAGUAAUGCUACUUUGGAACGUACAACGCAAUCUUUAACAAGAUCGCAUAUAGUCGCAACUGAAAAUGAGCAAAUAGGAACGGAAGUAAUAUCUGAAUUAGAAGGACAAAGAGAACGUCUGUUGCGAGCAAAAAGAAGAUUGUCUCAAACCGAUGAAGAACUUAAUAAAACACGGAGAAUUUUGAAUAGAAUGAGAAUAGGAGUGUUAACUAAUAAGUUUGUAUUAGUGUUGAUCAUACUAUUGGAAAUACUUAUACUUGGUAUAACUGUUUAUUUAAAAUUUUUUUAUAAAAAAUAAAAUUUCAAAGGAUUCUUCGUUUGAGAGAAUAUUGAAAUUUAUUGAAUAGGCACGUAUCUUUAAUCAUUUUAUUUUGUUUUUAAUGUAAAUAAAUUAUGGUUUAAAAUAUUUUUUAAAAAUAAAUCGGAGGAUUUUUUCAAUGUUUGUCAGAAUUUUCCAGUUCCAUCUAACGUUGGAAUUUAGAAGUAUAGUCUCGAUGGUAAGUUACCAUCUUAUCAAUUUCUAGCAUUGUACAGAUUAGAUCGAAAGUACGUAGAGAGAUGGUGUUCGCGAAUGCUCCAAAAACAAAGAGGGUGUGAAUUUUCUCUUUGUAUAUUUUAUAUAUUUACGGAUUAAUUGUAAGAAUUACAAGUGACGGUUCGUCAAUGUUAUUCUAUAGAGAUGUAUAAAUAGAUAUGAGAAAUUAACACUAUCGAUACUAUUUAACAUUCUAUUUAAAUCUUAGCUGUCAACAUUAUGGAGCUACAAGAAAAUGAUCAAAGCGAAGAUACAGCUGCCAUGGGGCAUAUACAAUUUGAUUUAGAGAUGGAUUCUAUUACUGAAACAGCUGUUUAUUAUUCUACUACUCCAAGAAAAUCCCUUCGGGGUAAACGUAAAAAAACGAUGGACGGGAGACCGCAAUCACAAACUUCUUUGUUAAAAUCUAAUUACAAUGUUAAUGGCGAACAAAAAAUAGGUCCAAAAUAUCGACCUAUAUGGCCAAAGCCUUAUCAACCAAAUUAUUUAAAUAAGCCUAAAAUCUUUGGUCUAUCAUCCACGAUGAAUGAAUUUUCUACAUUAAAUCCUGCGAGUCGAAUUAUUGUUACUACUACAACGAGUGCUUUACCAGCAAAAGAAAAAAUUCAGGAUAGUAUGAUGUCGGAGAAGCCUAGUAAGAGGACACAUAAUUAUUCUAAAUCUACUACGGCAAAUUCCAACAGCUUGAAAUUAUUAACUAAAGAAAAUGUUAAUAACAAGAAUUAUGGUAAAAAUUGCAGUACUUCGAGAAAAGAUUUUAGGUUCAUUCAGAUACAAGACAAAGAUAAUAAAGGUAGCAUUGAGUUAUUUUUCGAAAGUAUGGCACAGACCGUUUUAAGUUUACCUAUGCAUGUACAAGCUCAAAUUAAAAUGGAAAUUUGUAAGCUUGUUACUAUGGCAGAAAUCAAAUAUUCUUCAAUGCAAUCAAAACACGGCUAUAAAAUUGAUUGACCCAAGCAACUGUAAAAAAAGAUUUUUUUUACCUUCGAUAACGAUUUAGGUAUUACUUUUUCUUUUUUUUUAAAUAGCCUAAACGUUAUUCGAAAUGUUAAGUUAAUAUAAAUAAUAUACAUAAAUAUAUAAAUAAUGUUUAGAACAAACUGUAAAUGUACAGAAAAAAAUAUAAUAAGAAAUAUUAUUCUAAAUCGUGAUGCUUUAUUUUAAAGAAGGAAGUUUUAAAAAAGAAUGCUUGUGAUACAAGUUCCCAAGAUAUAAUACGUUGUUGUAUAUACAAUGGGUAAUUUGUUAAUGAACAGUUUAAACUACGAACAAAUAAGACAAUGAAUGCUUUUGUGAAAUAUUUUUUAUGUUUUGACACACAACAAACACCUCAUAGAACAAACAGAAGAAGAAACCACGCUAUGUGUAAGAUUUAUAAAACUGUACAGUAAGUGAUCGUGUAACAAAUAUCUUUGAAUGAAUUAUUUUCGUUACUGAUCACCUACUGUAGUGCAAAACUAAUGAGAGAUAUAGAGAGAAAGAGAAAGAGAGAGAAAAAGUUGGAUAAGUUUUGCAUUUAAUA